AGCAGUUCUGGGAUAGCGAUGGGGACGCCGGGCGGAUCGGCUCGGGCUAUUUUGCUGCCCGUCGAGUCCGGGCACCCAAGGAAGCGCGCGGCGGGUGACACUGGAACUGCGAGGAGCAAGCAGCGGGUCCUGGAUGAGGAAGAAUAUAUCGAGGGCCUCCAGAUGGUCAUCCAAAGGGAUUUCUUUCCUGAUGUGGAGAAGCUACAAGCACAAAAAGAGUAUCUGGAAGCUGAGGAGAAUGGAGACUUGGAACGCAUGCGCCAGAUUGCUAUCAAGUUUGGUUCUGCGCUUGGCAAGAUGUCACGAGAGCCCCCACCACCCUAUGUGACUCCAGCCACAUUUGAAACCCCUGAGGUACAUACUAGCACUGGAGCUGUGGGCAACAGGCCUAGGCCUCAGGGCCGAAGCCUAGAGGAUGGAGAGGCUGGAGAGGAAGAGGAAAAGGAGCCACUUCCCAGCCUGGAUGUCUUCCUGAGUCGUUAUACAAGUGAGGACAAUGCCUCCUUCCAGGAGAUCAUGGAGGUAGCCAAGGAGAAGAACCGGGCCCGCCAUGCCUGGCUUUACCAAGCUGAGGAGGAGUUUGAGAAGAGGCAAAAAGAUAAUCUUGAACUCCCAUCGGCAGAGCACCAAGCCAUCGAGAGCAGCCAGGCUGGGGUGGAGACCUGGAAGUACAAGGCGAAGAAUUCUCUCAUGUACUACCCAGAAGGUGUCCCUGAUGAAGAGCAGCUCUUUAAGAAGCCCCGGCAGGUGGUGCAUAAGAACACACGAUUCCUCCGGGAUCCCUUCAGCCAGGCCUUGAGCAGGUCCCAGCUCCAGCAGGCAGCUGCCCUUAAUGCCCAGCAUAAACAGGGCAAGGUGGGCCCUGACGGCAAGGAGCUUAUCCCCCAGGAGUCUCCUCGAGUGGGUGGAUUUGGAUUUGUUGCUACUCCUUCUCCUGCCCCUGGUGUGAAUGAGUCUCCACUGAUGACCUGGGGGGAGGUUGAGAACACGCCCCUGAGAGUCGAAGGAUCAGACACACCCUACGUGGACAGGACCCCAGGACCAGCUUUCAAGAUCUUGGAGCCAGGCCGUAGGGAACGGUUGGGCCUGAAGAUGGCCAAUGAGGCAGCUGCCAAGAACCGAGCUAAGAAGCAGGAAGCUUUGCGCAGAGUGACAGAGAACCUAGCCAGCCUCACUCCCAAAGGCCUGAGUCCAGCCAUGUCCCCAGCCCUACAGCGCCUCGUGAACAGGACAGCCAGCAAGUACACAGAUCGUGCCUUGCGAGCCAGCUACACACCAUCCCCAGCACGUUCUUCCCACCUCAAGACCCCUGCUGGUGGGCCACAGACCCCCACAAGUACACCAGCUCCCGGCUCUGCUACACGCACACCCCUCACACAAGAUCCUGCCUCCAUCACAGACAACUUGCUGCAGCUUCCGGCCCGGCGCAAAGCCUCAGACUUCUUUUAAAGUCAGACCCAGGCUGAGCUUGUGGAUGCUUAUGGAGCCUGCAGGGCAGCUAUCUGGACACUCAGCAGAGGACUCCAGACUCUGGGACCCAAGCCUAAGCCAGAGGUGGACUCACAGAUAAAAGGCACUGUGUCAUAGCCAUGAUGGCAUGGAACAUACAUCCACUUCUUCUGAGGUACAGCACCUGUGCUGUUCCCCUGGACCUUACCGAAACUUUUCUAUUUAAUUCCUACUGAACUGUCAUUAAAAAAUAGAAGGCA